AUGUGCGACGGCGGCUUCGCCCAUUCCGUCGUGUGCCGGCGACGGCCGCCGCCGUGCCUCGCGCGGGAGGACGGAGGGCGCUCGCCGGGAGGAUGGAGGACGGCGCGGCUAGGCGGGGCAGUGGUGGUGGCGUGUGCGGCGGAGACGGCGCGGCAAGGCCGGGCAGUGGCGUUGGUUGACCGGCCGUCGUGCCUCGCGCGGGAGGAUGGACGAUGCUCGCCGGUGCGUGUGCGGCGGAGACGGCUUCUGCCGCGCGUCGAGGUGGAGCAGCAGAGGACGGGAAGGCAAGGAGGCAAGGUGGGUACGCUGUGCAUCAGGGCCGCCUUUGUCCUCCACCUCCUCCAAAAGCGCGCGCUCCCCGCGGGCGCUGGCGGUGGCGCGGCGGUCCUCGCCCGCGGGUGCGCGGGUGCGCGGAGGCGUCGGGGAUCGAGGGAGCUCUCCUCCCUAGCGGCUGGAGGCGCUCGGGAUCGAGCGAGUGGGCGAGGGGAUCGGGGCCCCUGGUGGCUCCCUGCUUGGCGAUUGCACGAGAUGCUACUCGGGCGUGGGCUGGCCGACUCGAUCUCCUCGACCCAGGGCCCCGUGCUCGUCAGCGCCUGCCCCAUCGCGCACGACUUCUCUGAUCCAGCACCAAAUUCCGAGGACCACGCGGAGCUCGACCUGGACGCACUCCACCUAAUGGGAGGGCGGCACCAAGAACGGCAACAGCAGUAUGGGCUUGCUGCCAGCAAGAUGGUGGAAGGAGGCAAUCCAAACUUUGUCAGUGAAGUUCAAGCUGAGGAAAGAACAGAGAGAGGAAAGACAACAAAGGGAAUUUGGUUAAAGCGAAAAACAGUUUCGUGUAAAACUCUCCACCCAGUCUCCCAGCUCAGCUCAGCAGUUGAUUUGAGGACGAUGUUCCGCAGGCAUUUCGGCGAAUGAGGAACCUAACCGACAAAUGGAUUAUUUUUUUGAAUCCUAUUUGUUACAUAUGAGUUGACUGUUGAAACAUGUUUGUUAGGGAUAACUUUGGCAAUAUAUCAUACAAGGAUGGUUGUGGUACUCCGUCAGCAAAGCAACUCUGAUCCCUCCAACUCUCAGGUUUUUUAUUCCUCUACUUAAUGAUGCAUGGGUGUGUACUUGGCUGGUUGGGCUAUGUGGUUAGACUGAUUUUCUGGAAUCCUUUCAGAUUGUUGGACUAUACAGAGCUAAGAUAGAAAACUUUCAGAUGUUGUCCAGAUUGCAUCCUUCAAUGCUAUGUGUACUUCAAUGCUUGAUGUUUCCUCCCCAGGUAGAAUAUUAGUGUUGAUUCCAGUAUCGCAGAUGCAUUUUACCCAAUUGUUUGUGCCGAUUUGGAGGUGCACAUAGUUUGUUCGGCGAUUUGGCAUGUAAAUCCAGAGAUUAAAUUCGAGUGAUACAUACAAAUUGUUCAAAUUGCGUUGCAGUUUUAUGAAUCUAUCAUAUGUGCUAGAUUAUAUAUCUAUGUCAAGAAGGGAUGCAUGAUGCCCCCAGUUUGUCGUGGCUUCGAAUUAGUGGUGCCACGGUUAUGUA